AUGGGCUUCGACGCUGCCGGCAAGACUACGCUACUUUACCAGCUGAAGCUACCUAAUGAGAAGAUCACGACGAUCCCUACCAUUGGAUUCAAUGUCGAAACAGUGGAGAGCACAAAGGGCCACAAGUUUACGUUGUGGGAUGUUGGAGGCAUGUAUCGCUAUGACCCAAGAGACCUUGCGUCAACAUUUCGUUGUGACAAAAUGCGUCCUCUGUAUCGGCACUACUUCCAAAAUACGGACGUCUUCUUCUUCAUCGUAGACUGCGCAGACACCUGCAGAUUUGACGAGGUCGUCCCCGAGAUACAAAGUCUUCUUAAUGAAUUGGACAACGAACAUGGUAAAAAGAACUUGUGGGUUGUCCUCAACAAGCAGGAUCUUUUGCCACCAAAUGAACGCGAUGAAGCUCUCAAACAGAUCAGAACAAAACUGGAAAAGGGGCUAUCCAGGAGUGUAGAGUCAGAAAGGGUACGCAUCCUUGGUCCACCGGGUUUCAAUGCUUUUGAACAUGGCCAUGCCGCUGCCUUGCUUGAUCAAGUAGCGGACGCUAUACAAGGGGACAAGUCUCCAAAACCAUUGGAAAAUGACGACAAGCCACUGAGCAGCCAUGUGGGUGAGACGGAUUUGAAAGAGCGCAUCAAUGAAAAUGCCAAGAGGAACACAUCAUCCGCUGAUGACUUCUGGCAAGGCUUCCUUGCUGCUGAUUUACCCGUUUGGGACCACUACAAUCAUUUGCGAGCUGGGUAUUUUGUGCUUCUGGAGGGCAUGGCUUGCGGAAACACUGUGAUGAAAUGCGCAGACAUGUUCAUGGACCAUGUAGACAUGUUGAGAUCCAAGAGACCCGAGAGAUUCCGCAACACCACCCACCGGACAAUGACGAUAUUCUGGCUCUUCCAACUUCAAGUAGCUACCAUCAGAUACGCACACCUCAAGCACUUGCGUGGCCUCACAUGUCGCGACGAUUUCCCCCAAAUCCUACUUCAUACGCCGCAGCUUAUAGAUGCCAGCUUGUGGAAAGUACACUACUCCAAAGACUUGAUGUUUACGCCCAACGCUCGAGCGAACUGGGUGUUGCCGGACAAGUCACCACUCCCAUCCAUCGCACAGCCCGUCCAACAUGAAUCGUCGCCGGGCGAUAUCCCACACGCGGAUAGCGACCAUUUAAUUCGCUUUGCCCUGACAGUCAUUCAGAGCACAUCGGGAACAAGACUCCGUCGAGGUGCUGUCAUCAAGCAUGCUCUGAGUGCUUUGCAGACAUCCAUCAUGCAAAAGAGGGCUUCCAUGUCAAACAUUGGCCCGUAUUCCGAGACCCAGGCUUACUUCUGGAUCCAGUACGUUCAUGCAGCGCUUGCCUCUCUUCAAUCGUCGCCGGGGGAUGGAUUAAACCGCACUGCAGGAUGGCACGGGUCCAUGACAAGUCUUACCCUGACGGCGUUCAAGUCCCUUUUCGACAUUUCUGGUGACGAGUGGAAAAGGUAUUAUUCCCCGACUCUAUGGGAUAGUAUGCAGGCCCGCAUUGCCUUUGUCAACCCGGAUCAAGCGCCGCUACCUGGGCUCAUCUCCAUCCCGCCACAGGCGAGCAACAGCCGUGCGAAACUGCACAUGGCGUCCAAGGCCGGGCUGGGUGUUGCCACAACACCGCGCAUGCCUCCCUUAGAGAGUCUUGCGGUGAUGGUAGCUGCCGUGUGUGAUGCGGCCGCCUUGUCUGAUACAGACGCGGUAGAUGGCGUGGUCAGGAGUCACCCGGAGCUCAUUGUGUUUCUUUACGAUACCUUGGUGGCCAACCUCGGCGCCCGGGCUGGACCGGAUGACAGGCCAACGGCCACUUCGAAAAGACGAAGCGGUCUUGCCGAAGCCGUCAACAAAGCGCUGGGAGUUUCGGGGCCAUCGGCAGAGGGGCUUACCUGCAAGAUGUUUUGGAUUCAGCAGGUUCUGGCUGCUGUCGAGCAAACUGCGGAACAGUCGUCGUUUGACAGUUUUAUGAACUCCAAUCCUCACUUAGCCUAUGAAGGCCUGCCUCUGAUGUACUACUCCGAGAUGAUUCUGAACAGCAGCGAGGCCAAGGAGGUGUUUUUACCUCCGGAUCGGCGACCCUUUCCCAGUGUCAUAUCGGGGGAAGGGGAGAUGUUACGUCUUGGAUCCUGA